AUGGGGCUGCUGAAGGGCCUUCUCGGGGCGAGGAAGCUGCUGCUGUCCAUCCUGGUGCCGCUGCUGCUGCUGCCGCUGCCCAUGCUCCACCCCAGCAGCGAGGCUUCAUGUGCGUACGUGCUGAUCGUGACCGCUGUGUACUGGGUGUCUGAGGCCGUGCCUCUCGGAGCUGCAGCCCUGGUGCCUGCCUUUCUCUACCCGUUCUUUGGAGUCCUCCGAUCCAGUGAGGUGGCGGCCGAGUACUUCAAGAACACCACGCUGCUGCUGGUGGGCGUCAUCUGCGUGGCGGCGGCCGUGGAGAAGUGGAACCUGCACAAGCGCAUUGCUCUGCGCAUGGUCAUGAUGGCCGGGGCCAAGCCGGGCAUGCUGCUGCUCUGCUUCAUGAGCUGCACCACUCUGCUCUCCAUGUGGCUCUCCAACACGUCCACCACCGCCAUGGUGAUGCCCAUUGUGGAGGCCGUCCUGCAGGAGCUGGUCAAUGCCGAGGAGGACCAGCUCAUGGCCAGCAACGCCGACACCGAGGAAGCCGAGCCCACCAAUGUUGGUGUAAACAAUAGCCAGCCUUCUCUGGAGCUCAUCUUUGUCAAUGAAGACUCCUCGACUACAGACUUCACUUCUCUGAAGCAAAACAAGAACCUGAACGGUGCACCCACAAUCACCAACCCCAUGAAAACACCAAACCACCAAGACAAGCAGCACCCAUCCCAGGAAAAGCCACUAGUCCCAACGUCUGGCCCCAGGAACCAGGAACUGAAGAGAAAGUACAAGUCCCACCACGACCAAAUGAUCUGCAAGUGCCUGUCUCUGAGCAUAUCUUACGCCGCGACCAUUGGGGGCCUGACCACCAUCAUCGGCACCUCCACCAGCCUCAUUUUCUUGGAGCACUUCAACAACCAGUAUCCAGCCGCAGAGGUGGUCAACUUUGGCACCUGGUUCCUCUUCAGCUUCCCCAUCUCCCUCAUCAUGCUGGUGGUCAGCUGGUUCUGGAUGCACUGGCUCUUCCUGGGCUGCAAUUUUAAAGAGACCUGCUCUCUGAGCAAGAAGAGUAAGACCAAAAGGGAAGAGCUGUCAGAGAAGAGGAUCCGAGAGGAAUAUGAAAAGCUGGGAGCCAUUAGCUACCCUGAAAUGGUGACUGGAUUUUUCUUCAUCCUGAUGACUGUGCUGUGGUUCACCCGGGAGCCUGGCUUUGUUCCUGGCUGGGAUUCUUUCUUUGAAAAGAAAGGCUACCGCACUGACGCCACGGUCUCCAUCUUCCUCGGCUUCCUCCUCUUCCUGAUUCCAGCGAAGAAGCCUUGCUUUGGGAAAAAGAAGGAUGGGGAGGACCGGGAGCCCUCGCUGCGGAUGGAGCCCAUCAUCACGUGGAAGGACUUCCAGAAGACCAUGCCCUGGGAGAUUGUCAUCCUGGUGGGAGGAGGCUAUGCACUGGCUUCUGGCAGCAAGAGCUCCGGCCUCUCCACAUGGAUUGGGCACCAGAUGUUGUCCCUGAGCAGCCUCCCACCGUGGGCUGUCACCCUGCUGGCCUGCAUCCUGGUGUCCAUUGUCACAGAGUUUGUGAGCAACCCAGCCACCAUCACCAUCUUCCUGCCCAUCCUGUGCAGCCUGUCUGAAACGCUGCACAUUAAUCCGCUCUACACCCUGAUCCCAGUCACCAUGUGCAUCUCCUUCGCAGUGAUGCUGCCUGUGGGCAACCCCCCCAACGCCAUCGUCUUCAGCUACGGCCACUGCCAGAUCAAAGACAUGGUGAAAGCUGGCCUGGGGGUCAAUGUCAUUGGCCUGGUGAUAGUGACGGUGGCGAUCAACACAUGGGGAAUUAGCCUCUUCAACCUGGACACUUUUCCAGCCUGGGCUAUGGCCAGUAACAUCACUGAUCGGACCUAA